AUGAUGGCUGAAUCAAUUACAUCCGAGUCGCAUCUAAAACUGAACAGUGUGACCGGGUAUUUCAUGCAAGAUGAGCCAACGACUGAUCCGGACACUUUCGACUAUGUCGCAUCAAACUUUGGUCUAAUACCUCGAAGCUAUGACUCGGACGCCGGGUUUGAUCCAGACGGCCGAAGAACCCAAUGGGAGCGCUUUGAGUACCAGAUCAACAAGCUCAAUGAAGAGAGUGGCCCCGAUACAAGCUACAGACUGCUCUUCCUGGGCAGACAUGGAGAGGGAUACCACAAUGUUGCCGAGCGCCGCUAUGGAAGGGAAGCAUGGGAUUGCUAUUGGUCCCUUCUCGACGGCGACGAUAACGGGACAUGGGUGGACGCCCGUCUCACUCCUGUGGGCAUAGCCCAGGCGGAAACCGCGCACCGGGCUUGGGAGACGCAGAUCGAGAGCAAGAUUCCAUCCCCUCAGUCGUACUACGUGAGUCCGUUGAACCGAUGCCUGGCUACCGCCAAUAUCACGUUCCGCGGCCUGAAGAUGCCGCAUACGGAGCCCUUCCGCCCGGUCGUUAAAGAGCUCCUCCGAGAAACGAUCGGCCUUCACACCUGCGACAGUCGAUCGUCGAAAGCAGCCAUACAGGCCGAGUACCCCGAGUAUAUCAUUGAAGAUGGCUUCGCAGAGGAAGACCCCCUGUAUGAUCCAAAGCUACGGGAGUCCGACACCGCGCGUGACGCUCGCCUUCGCGACUUACUCCAGAACAUCUUCACUCACGACAAAAACACUUUUAUCUCUUUAACGGCACAUUCAGGCGCCAUUACAAGUAUCUUGCAAGUCACGGGGCACCGGAAAUUUGCGCUCGCUACGGGUGCUGUCAUUCCGGUUCUGGUCAAGGUAGAGCGAGUGGCUGGGCCAUUGCCGAAAAUGCAUAUUGAUCCUCCUACGACGGCGCCGGUUUGUAAGAAUUGA